AUGCGUUACGAGACGUGUGAGCGACAUGCGUUACGAGACGUGUGUGCGACAUGCGUUACGAGACGUGUGAGCGACAUGCGUUACGAGAUGUGUGAGCGACAUGCGUUACGGACGUGUGAGCGACAUGUGUUACGAGACGUAGCUCUUUACAUCCUAACCCUGGUUCUCGGCGUACUAAAGACACUCCUGGUUCCGUUUCUGCUGAACAUAACGGUUCGUCAUCUAUGGAGGAUCUACGUGACGUCACUCAGGGACCGGAACUGCUUACUUCCGCUUCCACCCGGGGAGUUUGGUCUUCCGAUCAUAGGAGAGACGGUUCAGAUGCUACUUAACAUGAAUGAAUUCACCAGGAGAAAAAGAGCGCAAUACGGAGAUGUUUACGUCACGCAUUUCCUUGGCAACCCGACGGUGCGCGUAUGUGGUGCUAAGCAUGUGCGUUCGGUGUUAAGAGGGAAGCACACAACAGUUGAGGCUGUAUGGCCGCGGAGCACUCAGCUAUUACUGGGAGCAGGGUCGCUUUCACAAGCUACCGGACAGGACCAUUUAACGAAGAAAAGGGCAUUGAUGAAAACAUUUUCUUUCGACGCAUUGUCUAAAUACGUACCAACAGUUCAAGGAAUCACCCAGACAUAUAUUCACUUUUGGUUAAAAAAAGGCAUUAUCAAUGGAUAUGAAGAACUCCGGACCCUAAAUUUUGCCUUGUCUUGUCGAGUUCUUAUAGGGGCCACGCUAGAUAGGAUCGAAUGCCAACGUCUUAUGAACGUGUUUGAGACCUUCACGUCGAAUAUCUUCUCCAUGCCAGUCAAUAUGCGGGGAUUCGGCUUUUGGAAGGCAUUGGGAGCCCGACAAGUUCUUAUGGACAAAAUCGACGAGGUUAUUCAAUCAAGAAGACAACGUUCCGGAGUGGAAGAAAAAGAUAAUGUUUUGAGUAUUAUUCUUCAAUCAAACGAUUUUGACGAUUUUUCUCAACUGGAACUUAAAAAUAUGUGCCUCGAGUUGUUAUUUGCCGGACAUGGAACUACUUCUAGCGCGGAGAGUUAUCUCGUCUACGUCCUUACAAAACGGCCGGAUGUGUGUCGGAAAAUUCGGGAAGAAAUGACAUCCUAUGGCAUCUUUACGCAUGACCUUCCAUUGACGGAUUCUCUGUCGUUACAACUGUUGAACAAGUUGACUUAUCUCAACUCGGUGGUUAAAGAGGUUCUUCGAAUUUCUCCGCCGGUUGGCGGAGGCUUCCGACAGGCGCUGGAAACGUUUGAAAUUAAUGGUUAUCAAGUGCCAAAAGGCUGGAAGGUUGUGUAUUCUAUAGCCAACACCCACAACAUUACGGGACACUUUCAAGACCCCACUAACUUCGACCCCGACCGCUGGAGCAACAAGCAAACAUCCGGUGAUCCUUGGGGGUACCUCCCAUUUGGCGGCGGCCGGCGCGCAUGUGCGGGCAAAGACCUUGCACGACUCAUGUUAAAAGUGUUUGCUGUGGAAUUGUUGGGUAGGUGCGACGUCGGUCUUUUGAAAGACGAUACUGUUUUCAGGACAUUUCCGCUUCCGUCGCCAAAGGAUGGGAUGCCGUUGUAUGUCAGGAUGAAAAGCCAAUAA